CAUUGGAGUCGGCCCAUCGUCCGUGUGUGCGGCUCCUGUUCACAGCGCAGCGUCGCGCCUCGCGAGCGGCCCGCGCGCCCACCAGCCGCCGCCGCCCGGCCGGCGCCCGGGGAGGGGGCGGCGGGCCCGGGGCCGCGAGAGCCCGGGUGACAGGCCCGGCCUCGCGGGAGGCCCGAGCCGGCAGGCGUCCCGGCCCCGCGCCGCGCCGGCUGUUCAUGAAGCAUGUCGGCGACCAGCGUGGACCCCCAGAGAAGCAAAGGACAGGACAAUAAAGUGCAAAAUGGUUCUUUGCAUCAGAAGGACACGGUUCACGACAAUGACUUCGAACCCUACCUGUCUGGACAGUCCAAUCAGAGCAACAGCUAUCCCUCCAUGGCCGACCCCUACCUGCCCAGCUACUACCCGCCGUCCAUCGGGUUCCCGUACUCCCUCAACGAGGCGCCGUGGUCGACCGGAGGGGACCCUCCCAUCCCGUACCUCACCACCUACGGACAGCUCAGCAACGGCGACCAUCACUUCAUGCACGACGCCGUGUUCGGGCAGCCCGGGGGCCUGGGCAGCAGCAUCUACCCGCACCGGUUUAAUUUCUUCCCCGAGAACCCCGCCUUCUCGGCCUGGGGUGCCAGCGGGUCUCAGGGGCAGCAGGCCCAGAGCCCCGCCUACGGGGGCAGCUACCCCUACCCGCCGAGCUCCCUGGGCGGCACGCUGGUGGACGGGCAGGCGGGCUUCCACGGCGACACCCUCAGCAAGGCCCCCAGGAUGAAUAGCCUGGAGCAGGGCAUGGUGGGCCUGAAGAUCGGCGACGUCACCUCCUCCGCGGUCAAGACGGUGGGCUCGGUCGUCAGCAGCGUGGCGAUGACCGGGGUGCUGUCCGGCGGCGGCGGGACGACCGUGAACGUGCCGGUCUCGAAGCCGACCUCCUGGGCCGCCAUCGCCAGCAAGCCUGCGAAGCCACAGCCCAAAGCGAGAGCCAAGGGCGGCCCCGUCCUGGGGGCCGCGCUGCCCCCGCCGCCCAUAAAGCAUAACAUGGACAUCGGCACCUGGGACAGCAAGGGGCCCGCGCCCAAGGCCCCGGCGCCCCCGCCGGCCCCGGCCCCCCCGCCCGUCCUCCCGCCCCCACCGGUCGUGCCGCCUCUGCCCGCCCCGCCGCCCCCCCUGGCGCCGCCGCAGUACCAGAGCCCGCAGCCGCUGCCCCAGCCCCGCUGGGUGGCCCCGCGCAACCGGGGCGCCGUGUUUGGGCAGAGCCUGGGGACCGGGGGCGAGGGGCACGGCCCGGGGGGCGCCCCGCCCGGCCCGGCCCCGAGCGCGGAGCCGCACCCGGUGCUGGAGAAGCUGAAGGCAGCGCACAGCUACAACCCCCGGGAGUUCGACUGGAACCUGCGCGGCGGGCGCGUGUUCAUCAUCAAGAGCUACUCGGAGGACGACGUGCACCGCUCCAUCAAGUACUCCGUGUGGUGCAGCACCGAGCACGGCAACAGGCGGCUGGACGGCGCCUUCCGCUCCGUGGGCAGCAAGGGGCCCGUCUACCUGCUCUUCAGCGUCAACGGCAGCGGCCACUUCUGCGGCGUGGCCGAGAUGAAGUCGCCCGUGGACUACGGCACCAGCGCCGGGGUCUGGUCGCAGGACAAGUGGAAGGGCAAGUUCGACGUGCAGUGGAUUUUCGUCAAGGACGUGCCCAACAACCAGCUGCGGCACAUCCGGCUGGAGAACAACGACAACAAGCCGGUGACCAACUCCCGCGACACGCAGGAGGUGCCCCUGGAGAAGGCGAAGCAGGUGCUGCGGAUCAUCGCCUCCUACAAGCACACCACCUCCAUCUUCGACGACUUCUCGCACUACGAGAAGCGCCAGGAGGAGGAGGAGGUGGUGCGCAAGGAGCGGCAGAGCCGGAGCAAACAGUGAGGGCGGCGGGCCAGCCUCUCGUGCGAUCGACCGGACAUUCCCGAACACGGGCCUGGUGCUGCGUCCCGGCGGUGCCCGCGUCUUCCUGCCGGGAGCCCCGCGCAGAUGGCGCGGCCUGCGUGCCGCGUCCGAUAGCCUUGUAGACCGCACCAAUAAAGAGCGCGCCGGCCCGCCAGUCAGACCCGCCUCCCGCGGACCGCGGGCCCCCUGC